AUGCAAAGGCUUAUUGGUCAAGUGGUUAGUGAAUUUCAGUUUGGGUUUAUUCCUGAAAGAUGGAAUUCUGAUAACAUCUUGCUUGCUACUGAGUUGAUAAAAGGUUAUACUAGAGCUCAUCUUUCUCCUAGGUGCCUGCUCAAAGUGGAUUUGAAGAAAGCUUAUGACUCUAUUGAGUGGUCUUUCUUGCAAAGUUUGAUGAUUGAACUAGGGUUUCCUGAUUGUUUUGUUGCUUGGGUGAUUACAUGCAUAACCACUGUCUCAUAUAGUAUUAAUAUCAAUGGGAAGCCAAGUGUCCCUUUUUGUGCUAAAAACGGGCCGAGACAGGGAGAUCCAUGUCUUCUUUUCUCUUUGCAAUUGGUGUACGUGGAAUAUCUCACUAGGUAUUUACAGUACUUACAACAUCAACCUGAUUUCAAUUUUCAUCCUAAAUGUGAAAAAUUAGCAACCACUCACAUGAUGUUUGAUGAUGACCUCCUUAUGCUCUCCAGUGCUGAUCUUAUCUCUGUCUUUUUCCUGAUGACUGCUUUUAAUCAGUUUUCUACAACUUCUGAUGGAUCUUUCCCUUUCAGAUAUCUUGGUGUUCCACUCACCACCAAGAAGCUGGUGUAUAACCAAUGUAGACCUCUGAUAAACAAGGUGGUAGCUAGGGCCAAAACUUGGACUGCAAAGCAUCUGCCUUAUCCAGGAAGACUGCAAUUAUGUCUGCAGUUUCAUAGGCAACCUUUUACUUUUGAAAUGGUGUUGAUUCUUAGAGCUUCUAAAAGAACUGGUGACAGGUACAAGCUACUGAUGAUGUUCUUUGCUGAGUGCAUUUAUGGUAUCUGGCUGCAAAGGAAUACCAAAGUGUUCAAGUAG